GUAUUCAUGUCUAGUACUAGCGUUAGGUUGUCUACAGUAGCUAGCUCUAGCUCAGUAACGUUUAAUUACGUUUAAAGACUUACUGUAGCAUUUCAAUUACGGUAGCUAGAUUUGCGCUAUUUUAACUAUCAUCUGCCUUAAAUUAAUCGCGUACUCUGUUGCUGGCUACCGACUCGGUGGCAGCGCGCAUAGCCUAGCUACAACUGUCCUACUAGACCUAGUAGGGAAAAUGGAUGGAACGCCGAAGCCUCCGAUGCGGGCCCCACGUAUUUACGUGGAGAGAACAUUGGCACUGAUCAAGCCCGACGUCAUCCAUAAGGCCGAGGAGAUCGAAGACAUCAUUCUGAGGUCUGGGUUCACCAUCCUACAGAAGCGCAAGCUGCAGCUGACCCCAGAGCAGUGCAGUGACUUCUAUGCAGAGCAGUAUGGGAAGUUGUUCUUCCCCAGCCUGACGGCCUUCAUGAGCUCAGGCCCCAUCAUCGCCAUGACGCUGUCACGGCAGCAGGCCAUCGCUCACUGGAAGGCUCUCAUUGGUCCCGUCAACAGCACCAAGGCCAGGGAGACGUAUCCUGAAUGUCUGCGAGCCAAAUAUGGCACCUCUGACCUUCGGAAUGCACUGCAUGGCAGCGAAGCAUUCUCCUCUGCAGAGAGCGAGAUCAAGUUCAUGUUCCCCAAGUCCGUGAUUGAGCCCAUCCCCAUGGCAGAGGCGGCUCAAGACUACCUGUUCAGGUUUGUGAGCCCCACUCUGCUGAGUGGACUGACAGAGCUCUGCAAGCAGAAGCCUGCGGACCCCUAUACCUGGCUCGCUGAUUGGCUGAUCAAGAACAAUCCAAACAAGCCGAACGUGAAUGACGGAGCAGAGUGACAGCAGAGCUCAUUGAUAGAGGACAACAUCUCGGUUUUAAUUGGUCAAGGGGAUAGAAUGAACUGCUCUCUGUCUUCACAGAUCUGGUUACUAUGUAUUGUUUUAAAAGGAAAUUAGAUGGUUAGUGUAACGAUGAUGACAUAAGAGUUUAAUAGUCUGGGUUGGUUGACUACACAUAUAUUUAUGUGUUCUGUACAGUAUGUUAGUGCACAGUUAGGGUUAUGUUUUUUACACUGACAUGUUCUGACUUGAUCGAAUGUUUACAAAAUCUUAUGUUAUUGCUGCAAAUAAAAUUUGUUUUUAUUCACUGUCAA